UAAUCCCCACUGCUUCAUUAGUUUAUUUUACCGCGCGAUUCUCUGUUUCCUUCGAAAUCGCAAUUAGGGUUUCGCAGUGCUCCUCCAUUGAUUCGUAUAUCGUUCGAUCCCCUCUUCUUAGCGUGUAGAAGCCAAUGGCGAACGACGGAUUGGAUUGGGAGGGUUUGCUCAAGUGGAGCCUCGCUCACUCUGAUGGAACCAAGCCCUCGCGCAAUCUCAGUGAGGAGGAAAGGAAGUGGUUUAUGGAAGCGAUGCAGGCGCAGACAGUGGAUGUCGUGAAGAGGAUGAAGGAGAUCACACUUGUCAUGAAGACUCCUGAGGAUGUUCUUCAGGCGCAGGGUGUUACUCCAGAAAAUAUUGAAGAUAUGUUGGAUGAGCUACAAGAGCAUGUGGAAUCCAUUGACAUGGCUAAUGAUUUACACUCAAUUGGUGGUUUAGUUCCUCUUCUCGGUUACUUGAAAAACUCUCAUGAUAGAAUCCGGUCGAAGGCAGCAGAAGUUGUGACUACGAUUGUUCAGAACAACCCAAAGAGUCAACAGCUUGUGAUGGAAGCUAACGGGUUCGAACCACUGAUGGCAAAUUUUGCCUCAGACCCUGAUGUAACUGUGAGGACAAAAGCCCUUGGGGCAAUAUCAUCAUUGAUUCGAGGUAACAAGCCGGGAAUUGCUGCUUUUCGCUUGGCAAAUGGUUAUGCAGCAUUAAAGGACGCGCUCGGUUCAGAAGAUGUUAGAUUUCAAAGGAAGGCUCUCAAUCUGAUCCAAUACCUUCUACGCGAGAACAGUUCAGACCACAAACUCAUCACUGAACUAGGGUUUCCCCGACUUAUGAUACACCUCGCAUCGAGUGAUGAUCCGGCUGUCCGAGAAGCCUCCUUGAGGGGGCUUCUGGAGCUGGCUAGGGAUGCAAAAUCAGGUGGUAGCGAAAGCACAUUUCCUGAAGCUGAUGAAGAGAAGCUGAGACAGGUCCUCGAGGGCCGUAUUGCGGGGAUCGGUGAGAUGGCCCGCGAUGACCUAGAAGCAGCCCGCGAGGAGAGGCAGCUUGUUGACUCCCUUUGGAAUGCAUGCUAUAAUGAGCCGUCUUCUCUUCGAGCGAAGGGCCUUCUCGUUCUUCCUGGAGAAGACGCUUCCCAACCCCCACCGGAUGUUGCGGGGAAGCUUUUCGAACCGGCAAUGCGCGCAUUGGCAGCAGCUUCGAGCUCCACAGAUGAGAAGCAGCAGAAGCCAUUACUUCUUGGCCCUGCUAAUAAUGGUGGGAACUCUGGCUCCUAGAACUAUAUCCAUCAGUGGGAGAAAAGGAGAUUGCUGUGAGGCAAAUCAGUUGUAUCUAUAUGGAUAAAUAUGGUAGUUAGGUGCAGUUCCACUUUUUACUAAUAUUGUACUUUGAACUGUGUUGUGCCCUGUUUGAAGUUUCUCGAGCUCUCCCUACCCUUCUCAAAUAAGAGUGGUCGGGGGAAGUUAAAAAUGAGUUUUUGGUCUACGAAA